UAGAGGUGCUCCAUCAAUAUUUAUUACCGGUUUUUUGUAAUCGAUCGAUUAUACAAAUAAUAAUUUAUGAACGAAUCUUUAGUUUGACGUUUCUUCUUUCUGUCAUUCCUUUCGAAAUCGAAACGCAAAAUUUAUUGAAAUUUUAGAUAAUGUUGCGACAGCCUCUGUACAAGGCGCUAUCGCUGCCGGUGCUGAGCUCGCCGGCGCGCGUGGCUCCGCUGGCGGUGCGCCGCUUCGCCGACCAAGUGCCACAGCAGCAAGACAAAGUAGAAUUAUUCAUUGAUGACAAACCAGUGUAUGUCCCCCCUGGAACCACUGUAUUGCAGGCUGCAGCAACAAUUGGCGUAGAGAUCCCCAGAUUCUGCUACCAUGAGCGUCUCGCUGUGGCCGGAAACUGCAGAAUGUGUCUGGUGGAAGUGGAGAAGUCCCCCAAGCCCAUUGCAGCCUGUGCCAUGCCCGUCAUGAAGGGCAUGCGGGUGAAGACCAACUCAGACCUCACGAGGAAGGCUCGGGAAGGUGUGAUGGAGUUCCUACUGGUCAACCACCCCCUGGACUGCCCCAUCUGUGACCAGGGAGGAGAGUGCGACCUCCAGGACCAGUCCAUGGCUUUCGGAUCAGACAAGAGUCGCUUCACCGAUAUCCACUUCUCUGGAAAGAGGGCUGUAGAGGACAAGGACGUGGGUCCCCUGAUCAAGACCAUCAUGACUCGCUGCAUUCACUGCACCCGCUGCAUCAGAUUCGCAUCUGAAGUGGCCGGAAUUGACGACUUUGGUACUACUGGCAGAGGUACUGAAAUGCAGGUGGGCACAUACGUGGAGAAGAUGUUCCUGUCGGAGCUGUCGGGCAACAUCAUCGACCUGUGCCCGGUGGGCGCGCUCACUUCCAAGCCGUACAGCUUCGCCGCCCGGCCCUGGGAGACGCGCCGGAUAGACUCAGUGGACGUGCUGGACCCGCUGGGCAGCAACAUCGUGAUCGCGACCCGCACCAACGAAGUACUGCGCAUUUUGCCCAGGACCAACGAGGAGAUCAACGAAGAGUGGCUAUCAGACAAGUCCCGCUUCGCGUGCGACGGGCUCAAGCGGCAGCGCCUGGUCACGCCGCUGCUGAAGGACAGCCGCGGGAACCUCGCGCCCGUGGAGUGGGAGGACGCCAUGGUGGCGGCUGCCAGGGCGCUCAGGGACUGCCCCGCUGAUAAGCUAGUAGUAGUGGCGGGUGAACUAGCAGACGCGGAGUCACUAGUGGCUCUCAAGGACCUCGCCAACCGGCUGGGCUCCGAGCGCGCCUGUACCGAGCACGCCUUCCCGCUAGAGGGCGCUGGCUCUGACCUGAGAUCGUCUUAUCUGCUGAAUACUAAGAUCGCCAACGUGGAGGAGGCGGACUUCAUCCUUCUGAUCGGCACCAACGUGCGGUUCGAGGCGCCGCUGCUGAACGCGCGCAUCCGCAAGGCGUUCAUACACAAGGAGACCGAUGUGGCGCUGGUGGGACCUAAGGUGGACCUCACCUAUGAGUACAUGCACGCCGGCGACUCAGCCGCCAUCAUCAAAGACCUGGCCAGCGGCUCCUCCUCUAGCCCAGUCCUGCAGAGACUACAGUCAGCUCGGCGCCCGGCGGUGAUCCUCGGGGCGGGGCAGCUGGUCGGCGGCGGCGGCGCCUCGCUGCUCGCGCACACCAUGGAAUUAGCUGCCAAGUUGCAGGAGGGGCUGGAGGAUAAGAGCUGGAAGGUUCUAAACGUGCUCCAGCGCACAGCCUCACAAGUGGCAGCCCUGGACAUCGGCUACACCGCGGGGGUAGACAAGGCGCUGGAGGCCGGGCCUAAAGUGGUGUACCUACUGGGGGCUGAUGCUGGCGUGGUGACCCGGGACAAGCUGCCGGCUGAUGCCGUUGUUAUUUACCAAGGCCACCACGGCGACGCGGGCGCAGAGAUAGCCGACAUAGUACUACCGGGCGCGGCGUACACGGAGAAGCGCGGCACGUACGUGAACGCGGAGGGGCGCGCGCAGCAGACGCUGGUGGCCGUGGCGCCGCCGGGGAAGGCCAGGGAGGACUGGAAGAUUAUCAGGGCCCUAUCAGAAGUGGUCGGCGCCGGGCUGCCCUACGACACUCUGGACGAGGUGCGCGGGCGCCUGGCCGAGCUCAGCCCCGCGCUAGUCGCGUACGGAGACGUGCAAGAGAACAACUACUUCGCGCAGGCGCGGGCGCUGGCGCAGAGCCACCAGAAGCCGCUAUCGGGCACCCUGGACGUGCAACUGAAGAAGCUAGAAGACUUCUACAUGACAGACGUCAUCAGCCGCGCCUCCCCCACCAUGGCCAAGUGCGUGCAAGCCGUCAUGAAGCAGAAGUCCUCUCCAUACUAACUAGCUAACGAGGUAACAGCCUGAAACUUUCGAUGCCAACGUUGGAUAUUAAAACGAAUUGUUGGAACUUGUUGCAGGGUUUGUUGGAUUUGAGAACGUUUUUGUUGUAGGCGCGUUGUGGUUGGCAUUUUGUGGGGUUGAUUUUGUUUUGUCUAUCGGAAUGGAAACAAUUUUAACAAAUGACAAUCACACCGUGUCAAGUAUAACAAUAAUGUGAUGUUAAAGCGUGUCGAAAGAUGGAAGGCUGCCAACUUAUAUUCUAUAGGAAAUUAUUAUUGGUACAUUGGAUACUGUUGGUUGAAUGUUAGUUUUUUUAUAUAAUUUAAUAUUAAUUUUAGAUUUUCCAUUUAUUGAAAUAUCGCAUACAAACAACAGUGUUCAAGUGUCAGUUAGGGUAAAGAAAAUGUUUUAAUAAGCCUUUCUGCAAUCAUUUUUACGAAAAUACUACAGAAAUGCGACGCAGCACGUGCAGUCAAGUGCAUUAUAUUGUAACUUAAAUUCCACAAAAUAAUCUCCAUAGAAAAAUACAAGAGAAAACACGCAAGCAUUCGACUGUACAUGUACAAAAUGUGAUGAUAAAAGCUAUUUAUUUUGUUAUUUAAAGAUAAGCUUAUCCCGUAUCUUUGACUUUCUAAAGUUUAUAAAACAUUACUCGAGAAUAAUAUUACAAAUUAAUCAUGUUUACUUAAUCAAUUUAAAAUAUAAUUACUUACGGGAGGCCUGAUAGCCAAUGAAGAUGAUUUGAAUUUAAGGUCAGAAUUUUGUAAAUAGUACAUCAGUGUAUGUAGUAUAAAAUAAACGUAGUAUAAUGAUUGUCAAA